AUGAAGUUGCUACCCAUUGCUGUUUUUGCGAUUAUUGUCUCAUCCGCUAUCGCUGCUGAUAUUCCGUGUGAUAAGCAAUGUUUGGGCCCGAACGAAGUGUUCCAGGACUGUGCCUCGCUGUGCCCAGCAACGUGUGAUUCUCCGUAUGGAAACAGCUGUACCGCGUGCUCUCCCGGAUGUGCUUGCAUGGAUGGAUACGUGCCUGACUCCACCAGAGUGUACGAAUGUGCCGACCCGAACGAGCUGUACAACUGCUGUGGUACGGCUUGUGAACGAAACUGCAGCACUCUGAACGUCGAAAUCAUCUGCAUCGAGCUGUGCGUAGAAGGUUGCUUCUGUCGCGACGGUUACGUACGCCAAUACGACAAUGGCCCGUGUGUCCUGAAGGAAGCGUGUCCGGCCACUACUACAUCGCCGCCGCCAUCGACGACGACCACGCCGGGGUCAAUUAUCAUUCUUGCGAUUGUUGGAGCAGCCUGCGCUGCUUUAGUUCCACCCUGUGGCCCAAACGAAGUGUACUCGGACUGUGGAACGGCAUGCCCGGAAACGUGCGACAAUCUGGGUGAACCUAGACCUUGCAUUCUCCUGUGCGUCUGCGGAUGUUUCUGCCAGCAGGGCUACGUGCGCAACAACGCAACUGGGGCAUGCGUACUGCCGUGUGAUUGCCCACCGAAGACUACCACCGUGACACCAGUGCCACCAACUGAUACCACAUGUAGUUAG